AUGGCCGGCAUAACUCGGGGCCAGCGAGUCCUCCACACUCAAUUCCAACCUUGGAACCACUCUCGUUUCCACUCCCAAUUGCCCAUCUGCGCGCAAUCCCACUUCUCAACCUCCGCCCCGAGCCAGCAAUCCCGCCGACCCUCCCCAUCACCCCCUACAACAACCAUCUUAAUCCCCUCCAAAACCGAAAUAAAUCCCCCAAUCAGCACUCUCCCUGCCACCCUCACAACUCCAUCUCCCCUACACCCUUCUGCAGGCGCAGCAGAUAAACUAAAACGCUAUGUCGAAUUCGGCCGCGCAUACCUGACCUUCUACAAAACGGGCCUGAAAAAUGUCUACCACAACUAUCGUGCCUCACUCCCUCUACGGAGAAAACUAGGCCUACCCGCCUACAUCCCCAUAUCGCCGCCGCGGACAAGCACACACAACCGCAGUGCGUCAUCAAUAACACAAGAAUCCCAGCUCGGCCGCGCGCAGUUCCAGCUCGUCCGCCGUUCAGCCCGAGAUGUCCGCCGCAUGAUCCCCUUCACACUGAUCCUGAUCGUCUGCGGCGAGUUCACACCCCUGAUCGUCCCGAUUUUCGGCUCCGCCAUUACACCGGCGACGUGUCGCGUGCCCUCGCAAGUGGAGAAGGAACGCGUCGCUGCUACGGUGCGCAAACUCGCGGCGCUGGAUGUGUUUGUGGCUGAGAGUAAGGAUCGAUCCGUGCAUUUGCUCAAGGCGGGCAGUGAGAAGCAGUUGGCUCUUCUUGCUAGGUCUUUUGCUGACCCUGUCUGGGUCACUGGUGCGAGCUCCGCUGAUGUCUUGCGUGCCUGUGCUGUUUUUGGUCUGGUUAAACGUCAUGAUAAGACUGCGGGCGAGUCACUUGCUGGUUUGAUCUACCGGCCUCGGCUGGCGCGGUAUGUCGAGUACCUGGCUAUUGAUGACGGGAUGAUUCGUGUUGGUAAAGGAGUUUCGGCUAUGAAUGCUACCGAGGUGCGGAUUGCGGUUGAAGAACGUGGUGGUUUGGACGUCUCUUCUGGUACUCAAGACCGGAAACGGGUAGAGGAAUUGGAGAGGCGCUGGUUGGAGCAGUGGUUGACUGUUCGUGGAAACAGUCCCAAGUCCAAGAAGCUGUAG